AUGGAAUCUGUUGUAUCCGAACUAGAAGGCACGCUUCUGAAGGACUCAGACACAUUCUCAUACUUCAUGUUAGUAGCAUUCGAAGCAUCCGGUUUGUUCCGAUUCGCCUUGUUGUUGAUCCUAUGGCCUCUGAUUAGGUUAACGGACAUUGUUGGCAUGAAGGACAUAGGUCUUAAAAUAAUGAUCUUUGUGUCCUUAGCUGGGGUACCCAAGUCAGAGAUCGAAUCCGUGGCAAGGGCGGUGUUGCCAAAGUUCUACAUGGAUGACCUUCAUAUGAAGGCGUGGAGGUUGUUUAGUUCCUACGACAAAAGGGUGGUGGCAACGAAGAUGCCGAGGAUAAUGGUGGAGAGGUUCGUGAAGGAGCAUUUGCGCGCGGACGAGGUGGUUGGGACAGAGUUGUGUUUCAACAGGUUUGGUUAUGCAACGGGCUCUGUUCUUGAUGAUACCAUAUCUCAAAGGGUUGCUCACAUUUUUGGCCAACAAGGUGCACCUACUUUGGGUAUGGCAAGGAGUAGCCAUCAUUCCUUCAUGCAACUUUGCAAGGAACAAAUUGUUCCUCCCUUUGUAACAAGGCAGAAGCAGGAGCAGGAAGCGCUCCGGCCACUGCCGGUGAUCUUCCACGACGGCCGUCUAGUAAAGCGGCCGACAGCAUCGACCUCGCUACUAAUCCUUCUAUGGAUGCCAAUAGGCAUUAUACUUGCCAUAAUUCGCAUCACCUUGGGGUUCACACUACCCUUUUGGGUGAUACCCUACGUUUCAAGGCUCUUUGGAGGCAAGGUGGUAGUGAAGGGCACACCACCCCCUCCUCCGUUGAAUGGCAACUCCGGCGUGCUAUUCGUGUGCACUCACAGAACCCUAAUGGACCCGGUGGUCCUCUCCUCCGUGCUCCACCGCCAAGUCCCCGCAGUCACCUAUUCCAUCUCUAGGUUAACAGAGAUACUCUCUCCAAUCCCAACGGUUAGGUUAACAAGAAUAAGGAACGUAGAUGCUGAGAAAAUCAAAGAGCAAUUAUCAAAGGGUGAUUUGGUUGUGUGUCCAGAAGGUACUACAUGUCGCGAACCCUUCCUUCUAAGGUUCAGUGGGUUAUUCGCUGAGUUAACUGAUAGAAUAGUCCCUGUGGCCAUGAACUAUAGGGUUGGAUUCUUCCAUGCAACCACUGCUAGGGGUUGGAAGGGUUUGGACCCCGUUUUCUUCUUCAUGAACCCUAGGCCGGUUUAUGAGGUCACUUUCUUGAACCAGUUGCCGGUUGAAGCUACUUGCUCCUCAGGUAAAAGUCCUCACGAUGUGGCUAACUAUGUUCAAAGGCUUUUGGCUUCAACUUUAGGGUUUGAGUGUACCAACUUUACAAGGAGAGACAAGUAUCGGAUCUUGGCUGGGAACGAUGGUAUUGUUUCUUAUACUUCGUUUGCUGAACGAAUGAACAAGUUGGUCAGAACUUUCAAGCCAUUUUUACAUUGAAAAUUAUUCUUCUUGUAGUUAAUUAAAAAUAUAUUUAUUCAAUUGUUUUAUUCUGUAGUUAAUUAUGGUGUGUAUUGAAAACCAUAAUUUUGUGUGUU